UGUUACAAGUUCAGUUUCUGUAGCAGUUUCAAGUGCGAUGGCCGCCUUGAGGAUAGUAUUGGGAGUGCUGACGUUGGGUGCUCGUGUGUUCACUGCGGACCUCUCCCUCCGAGCUGAUGAUGUUGAGAUCACUUUGGAACCUCAAAUCACAGGAGGAUUCUUAGUAGUUCUCACACAAGAUGAAGAAAGAGUAGUAUACGGCCACAUCGGACGCACUCUGUACUCAGCAUUCACAACUGAGAACGUGGAGGGAGGGGUGCUAGUACAAAUGGGCAACGUCGAGCUCACCAUCCACACCGUCGCUGAUGAACGAGCCAAAGCCAGGGGAAUAAAAAUCAGGUGGAACACUGAAGAUACCUUACGGUUCGAGGACUGUUUUGAUUUUGGUUCCAAGCACUGGUAUGGAGGAAAAAUGCAAAUUAACCAGAUUUACCCGCUUGAGGCUGGUCAGCAGAAUUAUAGUGCUUAUAUUUCACAAGAAUACGACAAUGGAGCGAUAGUUGAGAGAUACUGGCUGAACUCAGCGGGAGAAUAUAUUUAUGUCCAUCCCCAAGUUCCUCUGUUUGUUGAUUAUCACCAGAUUUAUCCUAAUCACAUCUGCUUCGGUGCUCAAAUAGCUGAUCCCUAUUCCACGAAAAGGAACCACACAGAACUGACCUACGACAUCUGGUUCCUACCCAAUGUUAAAGAAGCCCACAAGCACGCAGUUGCAAAUUACUUGGGUAAACCUUCUGGUGUACCAGAUUUCAGAAUGGUAGAGCAUCCGAUUUGGUCCACAUGGGCUCAAUAUUCCCAAGAUAUUACGCAGGAGAAGGUUAUGGAUUUUGCUCAACAAAUACUUGCCAAUGGUUUUAAUAACUCCCAAAUGGAAAUUGAUGAUCUAUGGGAGACAUGUUACGGAUCCUUGGAAGUAGAUCCUGUCAAGUUUCCCAACAUGACUAAUUUAGUGAAGAACCUAAAAGAUUUAGGGUUCCGCGUCACUAUCUGGAUCCACCCCUUCAUUAAUAGUAAUUGCAAUCCUUGGUACUCUGAAGCUCUUGACAAUGGCUACUUAGUACUCGAUGAGGAUGGCACUGCCAAAGCAAACUGGUGGAAUACCAACGGUUCAGAGCCAGGUCUGGUAGACUUCACGAAUCCCGCGGCAGCAGAGUGGUGGUACACACGCGUCAGAAACCUCCUCGACACUUACGACAUAGACAGCAUCAAAUUUGAUGCGGGAGAGAGCAGUUUUUCACCACAGAUUCCCGUCCAACACGGAGACAUUAAUCUUCACCCUCACAACAUCGUCGACGCCUACGUUCGGACCUGUGCGAGGUUCGGAGAUAUGAUCGAAGUCCGAUCUGCCUUCCGGACCCAAGACCUUCCUAUAUUUGUUCGCAUGGUAGACAGAGACUCCAUCUGGGGGAUGAACAACGGUCUCCCAACCAUCGUGACCGCGACUCUUCAGAUGAAUCUGAACGGAUAUCCGUUUGUUCUGCCGGAUAUGAUCGGUGGUAACGGAUACAACCUGAACCACGCGCAAGCCGACAUACCCACCAAGGAGUUGUUCAUUCGAUGGGUGCAAGCGAAUACUUUCUUGCCAGUCAUGCAGUACUCGUAUGUGCCCUGGAAUUUUGAUAAUGAGACUUUAGAUAUAAGUCGGAAGUAUACGGAGCUUCACGCUGCGCACGCGCACGAUGUGUAUGAGGCGAUGCAGGCCGCCGUGGAGACCGGGGCCCCGGUCAACGCACCGCUCUGGUGGAUCGACCCUGACAACGAGCAGACUUACACUAUUUGGGAUCAGUACCUCUUAGGUGAGAAUAUCAUAGUGGCUCCAAUAUUCAGUGAAGGGGCGACAUCCCGCGACAUCUAUCUUCCUUCUGGCCGCUGGUUGGAGGAAGGAGACCCUGGGAAGGUGUUUGAAGGUCCGAUAUGGAUCAGGAACUUCCCUGCGCCCAUCGACGUGCUGCCGUACUUCGUGAGAGAAGCCGAAGAGUCCAACGACUCGAGCAUCCUACUCGCCUCCGUUUUCUUAAUCCUUGCAGCCAUUAUCGCCAACCCCAUCUUAUCUUUUUAGAUUGACAUAGUAUAAAACCUCCGUUGUAACCUUAAAAUAAGCUUAAAAAUUUAACAUCCUUAUUAAAUAUAACCAUUCAAUAUCAUUUGCUCUUUCAUCGUAAUGCCUAUUUAAUCUUUAAUGUAACUAGAGGAUAUUGUAAGUGUGACAUUCACAGCAGAUAAUAAAUAA